UCGGAGGAGGAAAGGCGCAAGGUCUUGAGUUAUCGCUUACUUCCACUGGUACGCUUCAGUAAUAUGAGCUGUGAUGCACUGCAGAAGGUCCUAAGAUAUGAAGAUGUUGAUAUAGACCAUGAGUACUUAACUAAGCAUAUUGCUGAGGUACUUCUACACAAAGCAUACCCAAACCAGAUGGAAGGUGCUCUUGCAGCAAACGUGACAACAUGUUGGCAAUUUGCUGAGCGAGCUUACGACUUCAAACUUGUGAGAGUGGUUGCUUUUAAUCAACCCUGCCCACAGGUUACAGUUUACAUGGAUCUAAAGCGUGAUGAGUGUUCCCGACUCUUCCCAUCAGGAGGUAUAUGCACGCAAAUUUUCCAUCUCGCAGGGCACAAAUUCUAUCUCUUGGCAAACUGUAAAAUGGUUGAGCAGGCAACAUCGUACAGCUUUGCCCUAUCAUUAAAUAUUUUUGAUGAGCCGGCAGGCUCAAUAUGUUUAGAUAUUGAGUUUGCUGCAAGGACAAAGCCGUUAGGAAAAUUUGUGAGCAAGUACGGAUAUAAGAACACCAUGACUGGUGAUCGGUCGCAGGGAUGCGGUGAUCUUUUCGGAAUGCCAUGGUCGACGUUCAUUGCUGAUGACAGCCUCUUCAUCGAUGGCGUGCUAUAUCUGAGAGCCGACUUGACUCUGGUGGUGCAGCCUGAAUUACAGACCUGAUCUGAUAUCUCACUCAGCAGAGUUAAUUGGGUAGUGUCUUUUGUGCAGUAUCAGACGCUUCAGUCUGAAGGGCAAUGAACAGACUAGCUGAUGUACGUGGGCCGGCUGCUACUGCAUUUACUUAGUAAUAUAUGUGUGUGUUUGUGUGUUGCCUUUGUAUGUCGUUGUUGCAUGUUGUACCAUACAGUUUAU